UCGGCUCGACCGUUAGUGACGCUGAAGCUAGCGGGUGUAGUGGUUAUCACCCUCCGUGGGUCGUUUCUCCGAACACUCUGAAAUAGUUCGCGUUAGAAACCCAACCGAUUGGCCCAGCAGCGAUGGCGGAAGGUGACAACAAAAGCGUAAACUUGAUUGCUCAGGAGACGGCCCAGCUGGAGGAGCAACUGCAGUGCUGGCGUGAGGUGAUCCUGGCCGGGGAUCAGGUCCUGCGCUGGGAAAAGGCCUGGUUCCCCGGAGCCCUGAUGGGCGCGACCACCGUGCUCUUCCUGCUCAUCUACUACCUGGACCCAUCGGUGCUGACCGGACUCUCCUGCACCGUCAUGCUCCUCUGCCUGGCUGACUAUCUGGUGCCCACCCUCGCCCCCCGGGUGUUUGGCUCCAAUAAGUGGACCACUGAGCAGCAGCAGCGUUUCCACGAGAUCUGCGGGAACCUGGUGAAGACUGAGCGCCGUGUUGUGGGCUGGUGGAAGCGCCUCUGCACCCUCAAGGAGGAAAAACCCAAAAUGUACUUUGCCUCAGUGAUCAGCAGCCUGCUGGCUGUGGCCUGGAUCGGACAGCAGGUGCACAACCUGUUCCUCACGUACCUGAUCGUGAGCUUCCUGCUCAUGCUGCCUGGCCUGAACCAGCACGGCAUCAUCACGAAGUACGCCGGCAUGGCCAAGAGGGAGAUCAACAAACUGCUUAAGCAGAAGGAGAAGAAGAACGAGUAGACGGACGUUUGGAACGAAGACGGGAAUCUCUGCGAGACGAGGGAACGCAACAGGAAGAUGGAAAGUGAAGAAAAGAGAGCGGGAGAAUUGGAAAAGCCUCCCGCUGUCUCCGGGUCUCUGCACUUUGUUUUGAUUUUCACACAGUUUCAUUUCUCACAGUCACAUUUAAACAUCAUCGCCCACGAGGUUUUAUUCUUCUUUUGAAUUUACCUGCCGUGCAUGCAGCCGCCACAUGAAGGUUAGCACACCUGAAAACACAGAGUUCUCACAGUCCAACAUCAGCCGUGUUUCUUAGAUUAGCUCUGCUUCGUUUGAAGGUGUCAGUGAGGCUUUUAAAUCCAUUCCCUCUACUUAGACUACUGAGCAGUUUGUGUAGCAUUGCUGCGUCAUUUUAACCUCUCAGACAGCAAUGAUGAUUUUUUUUUUUUUUGUUUGUUUGUUUGUUUUGGUCACAUGCGAGCAGGUUAUUUUUACCGUUUUGUGUUUCUUCUGCUUUAUUUGUUUGAAUUUAGUGCUGAAAAAAAACUGGAUUUAAAGCGGAGCUGAAACUGUUUCUCGAGACAGGCCUACUGCUGUACCGCUGCUAGCUGGACUCUGUGGUCUAUUAGUGCUUCAGUAACGGCCCACAGUGUGUUUGUGAUGUGGGGCGUCUCUGUAAAUAGGCCUCAUCCUCUCUUCUCUGUCCCGUCAGUCCUUUUCUUAUUUAUGUGUUUGUUCCUCCUCAUUUCUGGUUUCCGACUCAUUUCAUUAUUUGUCUUUAUUGGAGAUCUUUGCAAACCUAAAUAAAUAAAGUUUGAUUUAAAUGAGA